AUGCUCCUCCCACGCCUCUCUCAUCAAAUCAUCACCAAAUCAACACGCCAAUUCCUCCCCGCCAUCAACAAGUCUACCGCGUUCGGUAGCAACAACAUUAGAAGCAUGACGACCGCUUUCAAGCUAAAGGACAUUUCGUCCCUCAGCGAUUUGAAGAACGGAGAGAAGAAAGAAGUCGAAGUCGAAGGACUAGAGAAAGUCAAGAUCCUUCUCGCCCGCCACGACAACACAACCCACGCCCUCUCACCAAAAUGUACCCACUAUGGCGCACCGCUCGCCAAAGGAGUCCUCACCGCUUCCGGCCGCUUGACCUGCCCUUGGCACGGAGCUUGCUUCAAUGUCAAAACGGGUGACAUCGAGGAUGCUCCUGCUCUUGAUCCAUUGAGGAAGUACACAGUCGAGGAGAAAGACGGUGCCGUAUGGGUGACAGGAACGAGCGAGGCACAGUUGAAGGAGAAUUGGAAGAACUUGAGCAUCAAGUGCAAGAGUACGGAGAAGAAGGAGAAGGUCGUGAUUGUUGGUGGGGGAAGCGGCGCUGUUGGUGCAAUUGAGGGGCUGAGAGGCGGUGGCUUCACUGGAGAGAUUGUGUGUGUGCUCGGUGACGAGGGGCACUUGCCAAUUGACCGGACAAAGUUGAGCAAGGGCUUGGUGAAUGAUGCAAAGAAGGUGGAGUGGAGGAGUGAGGAGUUCUACAAGGAGGGUGGCGUGGAGCUGGUCCGAGGACUGGCAACUGGCGUGGACGUUCAAGCCAAGAAGGUCUCCACGGACAGCGGCAAGGACAUUGAGUACACAAAGCUCAUUCUUGCUACUGGAGGAAUUCCGAGAAUGUUGCCUUUGGAGGGGUUGAAGGGCGAUCUGGGCAAUGUCUUCCCUCUGAGGAGUGUGUCGGACGUGCAGGCCAUCCUCAAGGCUGCAGGUGAGGACGGUGGCAAGAAGGUGGUGGUGAUUGGCUCUUCAUUCAUCGGAAUGGAAGUAGGCAACGCACUGGCCGGAAAGAAGCACAAUGUCUCCAUCAUUGGUAUGGAAAGCGAGCCAAUGGAGAGAGUCAUGGGCACCCAAGUCGGCGCUGUCUUCCGCAAGCUGCUCGAAAAGACUGGCGUCAAGUUCCACAUGUCGGCCUCUGUUGAGAAGGGAACUGGAAAGGAUGGCAAGAUUUCGUCCGUCUCUUUGAAAGACGGCACAUCUCUGCCAGCCGACUUGGUCAUCGAAGGUGUCGGUGUCCGCCCUGCUACCGACUUCCUCAAGGACAACUCUGCCUUUUCGUUGGAAAAGGACGGCUCCCUCUCUGUUGACGAGUCCUUUGCCGUCAAGGGCCAAAAGGACAUCUUCGCAAUCGGUGAUAUUGCUACCUACCCAUACCACGGACCAGGUGGUAAUGGCAAGCCUGUUCGCAUUGAGCACUGGAAUGUCGCACAAAAUGCUGGCCGCAGCGUCGCCGGAACCAUCAACGAUCCUUCAAGCAAGCCAAAGCCAUUUAUCCCUGUCUUCUGGAGCGCUGUCGGAGCGCAAUUGAGAUAUUGCGGUCACACCCCCGAGGGUUUCGAUGAUGUGAUUGUCCAGGGUACCACGGAUGUGAGUGAGGGCAAGCAGAGCUUCGUGGCCUACUACACCAGGGGAGAGGAUGUCAUUGCUGUGGCGAGUAUGAUGAAGGACCCAUACAUGGUGCAGAGUGCAGAGCUGAUGAGGACCGGGAGAAUGCCUGGCAAGAGCGAGAUCAACAAGGGGGUUGAUGUCAUGCAGGUCAGUCUGGUGGAGGCCUGA